UGCAGCAGGUGUGGCAUAGUGAGGGUGGGACUGAUAUACAGGACUCAUUAGAGGAGGCUGUAAAAUACUCUACAGCGUCCACACCUCCCUGCUGCCGCCACAGAGGACUGUCACAGUUAAAACAAAGCCAUGGACACCGACUACUUCAAAUCUCAUGAGAUGUGUUGGGGUACCCUUGGAACUGUGCGACCCUUUUCCAAUUUCCACCCUGACCGGGACGCCGUGGAGAUCCAGGCAGCCCUGGAGAAGAAAGAUGCAGUGACUCUGGUGAGGAUCCUAACCAAUCGCAACAACACUCAGAGGCAAGUGAUCGCCAAAACCUUUGAAGAAAUAACGCAAAAGGACCUGGCAGCUGGUCUGAAGAAAGCUCUGUCUGGAGACCUGGAGACUCUCCUGCUGGACCUGCUGAUGCCUCCUCUGCAGUAUGACGCUCAUCGCCUGCAACAGGCCAUGGCAGGUUUGGGCACAGAUGAGGAAACACUACUGGAGAUCUUGUGUACACGAUCUGGGAAACAGCUUCAAGACAUUAGUGCCACAUACAAACAUUUGUAUAAGAAGGAUCUGGAGAAGGAGCUGAAAGGGGAAACCAGUGGAGAUUUCGCCAAGCUCGUGGGGGCUUUGCUAAAUAAAGAAAACGUUGCCGGUGUAGUUCAAAGAGACAUUGAGUCCCUCUCUGUGUCACUAAAUGGGAAAAAAGCUGAUGCAGGACCGUGGAUUGACAUACUGACCUCUAGAGACUCAGACCAUCUUAACAAAGUGUUGAUGGGACUGGAGAUGGAGAGCGGACAGAUGGUGGAUCAGAUUUUGGAGAAAAAGUUUACGGGAGAUAUUCGACUGGGUUUGAAAGUUUUAGCACAGUGCAUUCAAAACCCUGAUGUCUACCUCGCCAAAAGACUAACAGCCACGAAGACACCGAUAGUGCAGGGCAUUAUGGUGUCUCACUGUGAGGAAGAUCUACUGUGCAUCCGCGCUGCCUACCUGAAAUUAACAGGCACUUCUCUCUACACUGCUCUGCAGAAACAAUUCAAAGGAGAUCAUCUGCAGGCUCUACUGGCCAUCUGUCGAUCUGAAGAUUGAACAAAAGUUACAAAUUUUAAGCAGCUAAUUUUUUUAAUGUAAAUUUAUAUAGUUCUUUUUUCCCCCCCUCCUGGCACAAUGCAAAAAUAAACCUUAACCAAAUUUUCACCUUUUAUGGAGGCUCAUGGAAGCUUUGCAUAGCCUUGUUUUGAAUGCAUCCAACUUGGAUGAGUUACGUAAUGAGUGCAGGUGGGUUUUAUGCUUUUGUUACUUUUAUUUUUUGUCACAAGACUUCCCCUUCAUCCUGAUGUUCACACGGUAUUUUUCCCAAACACUGCUCAUAAAUCUCUUUUUUUUAAAUGAAUGUUGAUUCCUGAGUAAAUAGUGUGUGUCUCCUGUGUAUGUGUAUAAAAUAGUUAAAAACUGUA